AUGGUCGUGAACAGAAACAAGAAUAGAACCAAACUCAGUACAAGUUCUGUUGAAAAAAAUAUAAACGUUGUAAACACAGUUAAAAAUCCAUCAAAUGAGAACAUCAACAAAAUGGAACAAUCAAAAAAACCUGCAAAGAGGAAUAUCGGCACCAAAAUUAUGGAACAUGUAAAAUUACAACCUGAUAAAAUAAUCAUGAAAAAAAAAGUUUUUUGCCUAAGCAAUGUAAAGAAAUGCCACAGAGAUGAUGUUGUGGAGUUCUUGCAGACAAGUGGUAUAAACGUGAUUACAUGUUUCCCAGUUAUAAAGCGAACUGACGAAACUGACCCCAAAGCAAUUAACAACGACGAACAUUCAACCAUGUUCAGAGUUUGCGUUGAAAAGAAAGAUGAAGGUAAAAUGAAAGACCCGGAAGUAAUGCUGCAGCAUAUCAUCGUGAGAGAAUGGAAAUUCAAUGAAAAAAAAAGCUUAGUAAAUAAAUCAACAGAAUUAAAGGAUUAUUUAACAAGUUUUGAUUUCAAAUUUGAUGUCAUAGCCAUUACCGAAACGUGGCUAAACAAAGUGAAUGAAGAUUCGAUUGGGAUUAAUGGGUUCAAUUUUGUUGGCAAAAAUCGUUCCGGUAGACACGGGGGUGGAGUCGGCCUCUUUGUAAAAGAUGAUAUUAUAUUUAAGAUAAGAAAUGAUUUGAUGAUUUCAAAUGAACUAGAGUUAUUUGCAAUUGAAGUGGGAAUCUCGUCUAAAAACAACUCAUUAAUUAUUGUUACGUAUCGACCACCACAUUACAGCAAAAAAGUUUAUAUGAAGCAACUUGAACAAGUUUUGUUAGCCAUAAAUAAUGAGAAAAAACUAGUUUAUUUAACCGGAGACCUGAAUAUAGAUCUUUUGGAAAAUUACGAAUCUUACAGUAGUCAACUCCAAAAUUUACUGACAUCUUAUAAUCUAAAAGCAUUAAUAAAUAAACCAACAAGAAUAAACAUACAAAAAAACUCUCUGAUUGACAAUAUUUUUACCAAUGCAUCGGAGAACGUAACAGUUUGUGGAGUGCAUUUGACAGACAUUUCGGAUCACUUACCCAUAGUUGCAUGUUUCAAGCAACAAUUAGUGAAAAUAGAAUUUGAAAACCGAGAAAAUCAAUUUUCUUUUUCAAGACACAGAAUUGAUAAACUAAAUGAAAGACUGCUAUCGACCGACUGGACAGAUGUGUUACUGUGCUCAGAUGUGGAUGCUGCUUUCGAACUUUUCACCAACAUUUUCCGUGUGGCAUUUAAAGACUGCUGUCAGAUCAGCUCAUUAGGAAAGAUUAAAAAAAUUUUAAAACAAAAGCCUUGGGUAACAACUGAUUUUCGCAGAAUGCUGAAUAAAAAAAAAUACUUGUACAAAAAGUUCAUUAAAAAUUCAAGUAGUGAGAAUUUUCUGAAAUUUAAAUCACAAAGUCAAAUUUGCAACAAGGUGGCUGUGCAAGAUGAGCUCAUCAUGAGCUCGAUCACAAUCAUCCUGCCUUCUUAA